UGCCUGUUUCCGUAGCAACACAGGGAGCGCUGAGGUAUAAAAACACACGCUUUCUCAGACGGGACUCAGAAACUCUGAGCUGCACACACACACACACACACACACCAUGCUGAGGCCUAAGGAUCUGUGUCAGGGAUCCGGCACCAAAACCUUCCUGGAAGCCAUGCAGAGCGGGAAAGUCCACCUGGCCCGCUUCGUUCUGGACGCUCUGGACGGGAGGAUCAUCAACGGAAAAGCCGAAAAUGGGCGAACGCUUCUGAUGUACGCCGUGAGCCUUCAAGACCACGGGAGCCGAGCGAAGUUCACCAAACUCCUUCUUGAAAAAGGUGCGGAUGUGAACACGGGUGACGAUCACGGGCGGACGGCUUUGAGCCUCGCAUGCGAACACGGAUUCCUGGAUUCGGUGAAGCUCCUGGUUCAGUUCAACGCUGACCCGGAGCUCACGGACAGCUGGGGGAACAGUGCGCUGAUGUACGCCGCGUGUGGAGGACACAACCAGGUUCUGGAGUUCCUGGUGCGGGCCUUCAAGAAGCUCGGCUUGAGACUGGACCUCACGAACCACGCCGGACACUCGGCCGUACAAGUCGCCGAUUUCUUCGGGCACAACCAGUGCGUUCAAGCCCUCAGUGUCUGCGGGAAGAAGACGGUGAGUCCCACCAACAGCACUGGAGAACCCGUGGAAGAUCUCCGAUGGCCCAAUCGCCUCCCGAAACAUGUUCUGGAGCGGUUCUCCAAACAAAUCCAGAGCAGACAAGAGGAGCUCCUUCCGGCUUUGCUUCAGAGACAAAUGCGUCUCAGCGACAACCUGCGGAUCCACUUCAGGCGUCCGCCGGCAUCCGACACGGAUCAUGAUCUGAUGUUUGCUUCCAAACAGAUUCAAAACUCAGCGCUGAAAGAGGUCGGCGGAUCGAGGAGCGCGGGACACGCGUCGGACACUGAGACGCCACUCUGGGGAAAAGCCCGAUCGUUUAAUCUGGAACACCGGAAACAAUCCUACCAAGGAGACGUUCGCGAAAUCAACAGAUCCGCCAGCAGAUUUAAAAGAGCUUCGCUUCAGGAUGAAAAACCUCUCGUGGCGAAGUUCUACAGCGGGAAGAUGAGCGACACCAUCAACCUGGAGGAGUCCCCGAGCUGGACAGAUCUGCGUUCCAGCGUUCCCAGAUCCUCCAGACAGAGCAAACUCCUGCCGGGUCGGGAAGAGCAGGAGCCGGAGCGGAUCAAACCUCGCGCUUCAGGGCUCUCGGGACUGGGAACCAGGCUCCUGCGCAGGUUCACGGCUCCGGAGUUCCUGAGGCACAGAGACUGUCCGAGCGACGCUGCCGGACGCGGGAAAGGGAAGAUCUCUCGCUCCGAAACCUUCCCGUUCACACACACACACUUGAGAGUGAACAGCCAGCCCAGCGUGGACAGCAUCAGUGCGGUGAGGUGCGAGUUCGAGACUAGUUCAGCUCUUAAAUGA